GUUUCUUUUCUGGCCUAGUUGGGAUCUUCGUCUUCGCAUAUAUAAAGAGGGCAAGACCCCAAAUUGAGUUGGUAAUUCGUAUAAUUCUGCAGUUGUUGGUUUUGCUUCAUAAGUUAAUAUGGGCAAUUUGUUGUGUUGUGUUCAAGUUGAUCAAUCCACAGUUGCAAUUAAGGAGCAAUUCGGCAAGUAUCAGGAUGUGCUUGAGCCAGGUUGCCACUGUGUGCCUUGGUUCCUUGGAAGCCAGUUGGCUGGUCAUCUCUCCCUCAGAGUGCAGCAACUAGAUGUGCGCUGCGAAACCAAGACAAAGGACAAUGUAUUUGUCAAUGUUGUCGCAUCAAUUCAGUAUCGUGCCCUGGCGGACAAAGCAAAUGAUGCUUUCUACAAACUAAGUAACACUAAGGGUCAAAUUCAGGCUUAUGUUUUUGAUGUCAUAAGAGCAAGUGUUCCAAAACUCAAUCUGGAUAAUGUCUUUGAGCAAAAAAAUGAAAUUGCUAAGGCUGUUGAGGAGGAACUUGAGAAAGCUAUGUCAGCUUAUGGAUAUGAAAUUGUUCAGACACUUAUAGUUGAUAUAGUACCAGAUGAGCAUGUGAAGAGGGCUAUGAAUGAAAUCAACGCUGCUGCUCGGUUGAGGGUGGCUGCUAAUGAGAAGGCAGAAGCUGAGAAGAUUUUGCAAAUUAAGAGGGCUGAAGGGGAGGCCGAGUCUAAGUAUCUCGCAGGCUUAGGUAUUGCACGACAACGUCAAGCAAUUGUGGAUGGUCUGCGAGACAGUGUGCUAGGAUUUUCAGUCAAUGUGCCAGGAACUACUGCUAAGGAUGUUAUGGACAUGGUCCUCGUAACCCAAUACUUCGACACCAUGAAAGAAAUUGGUGCUUCCAGCAAAUCAUCUGCUGUCUUCAUCCCCCACGGGCCUGGUGCUGUAAGAGAGGUGGCACAGCAGAUCCGUGAUGGACUUCUUCAGGCUUCUGUUGAGCGUUGAAUACUUAUUGCUCAUGAAUGUUAAACGGGUUUCACAUCAAGCAAGCUUUUGUUAUUUUGAGUCUUUUCUUUCUUAAAUAUGGAAAUAUGUGGUGACUUUGAUUUUGUUAGAGAUUGGUGAAUCCCAAUACUAUCUAUGUUUAUAAUCGGAUUGUGAGGUUUUGAAUAUUUACAGAAGAAAUUUUUAAAGAAUUUUCAAGAAGUUCUACAGCAGCACAUACUUUUGCAGCUA